CCAGCCUUGGGUGGUGCUGCUUUCAGGUACAGCAGUAAUAAGGGAAUUUACCAUUACUAUACACCUGAGACGUAUUUCAACUAGAGCGUGGGCCCGGAGCCGGGGCCCCUCCUACUCCGGGUAUAGUCUGAGCUGAGCUGAGGAAGAAGCACAGUAAUCACUCUGGCGCUGGAAGACUCGCAGCGCGCGGAGAUGAUGUAAGGUGACCCACGCCGUGCUUCCACCGUGAUGAACGAAUCCGUGGCGGACCUCGGGCAUGCGCACGCGCCCGUCUUACAGGGACUCUGGGAGAGCGUGAGAGCCGGACACCAGCAGGUCCUGCUCUCCCCGUACCUGGCCGCGUCCUGCGCCUUCCUCACGCACCUCGCGCUCUGCGCACCUUUCCUCGUGCUGGACGCGCUGGGAGGCGUGUGUCAGCGCGUCCGCUCGUGGAGGAUAGCGGCGGGCUCGGGCCCUCCGCCGUCCCUCUGGAAGUGGUACGAGUGCUUCUGGAGGGUCCUCUUCAAGUACGCCACGGCGGUGCUGCCCGCCGCGGCGGUCUUCCAGCUGCUGCGGAGCCCGAGCCUCCCGGAGCUGGCCCCGUCCUGCUGGCGGCUGUCUGUGGAGGUGGUCGCGUGUUUCCUGCUCUUCGACACCUUCUUCUUUAUAUGGCACUACUGUAUGCACAGGGUUCCCUGGUUGUAUCGUGCCGUCCACCAGAUGCACCACCAGCACCACGUUCCCUUUGCGUUGGCGGCGCAGGACGCCAGCUCUGCUGAACUGCUGUCACUCCUGCUGCUGGCCCUGGGCAGCGCCUGGAUGCUGGGCUGCCACCCACUCAGCGAAGCCCUCUUCCACUUCCUCAACAGCUGGCUGGCGGUGGAGGACCACUGUGGAUACAACCUGCCAUGGGCCCUGCACAGACUACUUCCCUGCAUGGGAGGAGCCCCCUUCCACCAAACCCAUCACAAGAAGCAGAGGAAUAACUUUGCCCCCUACUUCACACACUGGGAUCAUCUGUUUGGAACAUAUAUAGCGCCACAAUCCCAUUUCAGGAAGAGACACGACAGGACUGUCAUGAAGUGAACCGUGAAUUUGCCGUAUACCUGUUUGUGUGUGUGUGUGUGCGCGGGGAUGGGUGGGUGUGUAUGGGGGGAGGGGGGUGGUUAUCACCGUCUACUCGUAUGAAGGUAUGUUUCUUUUGGCUUGUUGGCAGAGGGAUGACUGACAUAUACGACAUCUCCAAGAUGAAGAAAUGCAGCUAAACAUUUCCUUAACAUCAGCGAUAUUUUUAAAUGGUUCUUUUAACACAGUAAAUAAGUAAACAGGAUGUAUAUAUAUGUAUUUAUGGAGAGAGAAAAUUCAAAAUAUUGUAAUCAUCUGCAGCUAGGGUUAGGGUUACCCUAAAGUUAAAUCCCAUCAGUGUUUUUUUUUUUAUCUACCUCUGCUCUCAGUACUUCUUGUCUUUUAAAAUUCAAUCACCAUUCCAUGAAAUUGGACAUCAUUCACCAAAGUUGUUCGUUUUAGAUUAUCAGAUAUCUUGUGGUGUUUAACAUUCAGCUAUGUAGUAUCAGCUUUUUUCCUUCUGCAUGUUUAUCCACUAUCUGCCAAAUUUGUAGUGAUGCAAAAAUGUGUAAGAAAAUGCUCUGUUUUUUGUAUAUUCACAAAAUGAAUAAAAGUUUUAUAGAUCUCUA